CUAAGAAGUGAUCCUUCACUCCCUCAGAUGGUCCAAGGAUAUCUCGAGGAGAGGAAGCGGGAGAGGUUACACUGCUUCUACACAUUCGAAGACGUAUUUUGUGAUUUUUAAAAAAUAUAUAUAUAUUUAAGGAACAGAGGCAGCGAUUUCUGUGUUUUUUUUAUUUGUGUGAACGAGUGAGGAAUAGCCAACUUCACAAUGGCGGCUGUGGCUGUUCUACGGAACGACACCCUACAGGCUUUCCUUCAGGAUCGCACUCCAAACUCCUCACCGGAAAACAGUAAGCAUUCUCCCUUGGCGCUGCUGGCGGCUACUUGUAACCGAAUUGGGCAUCACCCUGGGUCAAGCGCCACGGACUUUCUUCAGGUCCCAUAUGACACGACCCUCGGAUCUCCGUCGCGUAUUUUCCACCCGUGGAGUAACGAAGGAAAUCCCCAGGCGACUCUGGCAAGCAAUUCCUCGUUUGGACUACCUUCUAAAGCGCAGUUAUCUCACCUACAGGGCACGUACACGUCCCACCACGAACUUCCUCUCACCCCGCCCGCGGACCCGACCUACCCAUAUGACUUUUCCCCGGUGAAGAUGCUACCAUGUUCCAUGCAGUCCUUGCAGUCGACAUGCACCCCAACAUACGUGCCCGCUGUCACAUACGCGGCGCCCACUCCCGUUCCCCCCAUGUCAGGGUUUGUUACAGCACACUCCGGCCUGGUCCAUCACCAGCAACAGAGACAACUGUCACCGAACCCGGGAGAGGACAUCCCGUGGUGGAGUCUUCAGCAAGGCAAUUCGAUCACUCACGCGUCCUCGCUCGCACACCACCGGUUCCCGUUGCAGCGGAGCUUGGUUCUCGGGCACACGGACUUCGCGCAGUAUCAGACCCAAAUCGCUGCCCUCCUCCACACCAAGUCUCCCCUGGCCACCGCGCGACGGUGUAGGAGGUGUCGCUGUCCCAACUGCCAGUCAUCCAACUCCAACGACGAGCCCGGCAAGAAGAAACAGCACAUCUGUCACAUCCCCGGCUGCGGCAAAGUUUACGGCAAAACAUCACACUUGAAAGCGCACCUCCGGUGGCAUUCGGGAGAGAGGCCGUUCGUGUGUAACUGGUUGUUCUGUGGCAAGAGCUUCACGCGCUCGGACGAGCUGCAGAGACACCUGAGGACUCACACGGGCGAGAAGAGGUUCGUGUGUCCAGACUGUUGCAAAAGGUUUAUGCGCAGUGACCACUUGGCCAAACACGUCAAAACGCACCAAAACAAAAAGACCAAACCUCACGACAAGACUCUGGACCACGUCAAAAGAGAGGACACGAGACACAUGUAGAGUUUGGUGUCAGUCAAAAUGACCCUUCUUUCACAUUAGACUCAGUGCAAUAUUGCUCUUAUGAAAUUAAAAGAAAGCAAUGAAAAAUCAUAUCUAAAGGAGGGACAUACUCAAAGCCCGCAAACAACAAACGUGGCCUCUGUUUUGUAUUCAGUUUGCUUGACUGAACUACAGGCUCUAAAAGGAUUAAAACGUUGCAAAAAAAUUGUGUUUUGUAUAUGUAAAUAUGAAAUCUAAAUAUGAUCACCAAUUGGGACACAUUUAGUGUGCCCAGACUUGUUAAUAUCUCUAAAUAUAAAACAAGUUUUCAACUUGUUUGUGAUUUGAUCCUUGUCUUCGGUGGAAGAUCUGAUGCUCUUGUAAAUAGGAUUUAUUAGCUUUUGUUGAAUGAAAGUGUGUGUUCUGUUGCUCCAUGCUGGGGUGUUUUAAGCAUGCGACUAGAACUAAAAACCCUGUUGUUGAAAUGGCCCAAAAAACUGUGUGUAAAAAAUAAAGAGUCUAA